AUGAAAUUUUAUAGUACUUUUGUUAUUUGUUUUAUUAUUUUAAAAGUAUGUUUAAGUAAAAACAUAAAUUUAAACGAUGAAGGGAAAAAGAAACAAAGCGGCAUAAUAAAUGAAAAUGAGGAUGGAAAAAAUAAUAAAAGUAAUAAUAAUAAAAAAGUUCAACAUAAUAAAAUUAAUCGUAAAGGAAAUAAUAGUGUAACUAAAAAAACGGAUGAACAUAAAAAUGAUGGUGAUGCGGAAAAUAAAAAAAAUGGUGAACAUAAAAAUGAUGGUGAUGGGAAAAAUAAAAAAAAUGGUGAACAUAAAAAUGAUGGUGAUGGGAAAAAUAAAAAAAUGGAUGAACAUUUGUAUGAUAUUGAUGGGGAAAAUAAAAAAAAUGGUGAACAUUUGUAUGAUGUUGAUGGGGAAAAUAAAAAAAAUGGUGAACAUUUGUAUGAUAUUGAUGGGGAAAAUAAAAAAAAUGGUGAACAUUUGUAUGAUAUUGAUGGGGAAAAUAAAAAAACGGAUGAACAUUUGUAUGAUGUUGAUGGGGGAAAAAAUAAUAUUCUUGAAUAUAAUAACAUUGAUCAACAUAAUGAAUUUCCAGAAAGCUUAGAAAACGAUAAUUCUUAUGAUAAACUUUUCGAUGAUGUUGAAUUAAGGGAUAUUAUUCAUAACGAGAAAUUUUUUGAGAAUUUAAAAAAUGUGAAUAAUAACGAUGUACAUAAUUUUUUAUUAGUCGAUAAAGAAAUGGAAAGAAGAAAGGAAGAGGAGAAAAAAAAGAGUAGAAAAUUAGAAGAGGACGAGGAAGACGAUGAAGAUGAAGAGGAAGACAAUGAUGAGAAAUGGAAAGAAGAAAAUAAAAAUAAUAGUAGUAGUAGUAGUAGUAGUAGUAGUAAUAAUUUUAAUAAAAAUUAUGAUAUUUAUGAUAAUAGAGAUCUUUAUAAUUAUGACAAUCUUGUGGAUAUUACACAAGAAGAACAUAUAAAUGUCCCUAAUAUAAACGAUGAAAUUAAUGAAGGGCGUAAACAUGAUAAGGAAGAUUUUUUAAUAUUUGAGAAAAGAUUAAAUGAAGCUGAAGAUAGAAAUGAUUCGAGUGAUGGGGAUAAUAAAAUGGAAGAUUUAAUAAAUAACCAUUUUGACGAUUCAGGUGAUAAUGGAUCUUAUGAAAAUAUUCAAGUAAAAAAAGAAUUAUAUAAUAAAAAUGAAAAGAUUAUAAAAGGGAGAGAUAAUAAUCUGAAUGAUGGAGAUAUUCAUAUGAAUAAAAAUAAUACAAGUAAUAAAUUGAAUAAUAAUAAUAAUAAUAAUAAUAAUGACAAUAAUAUGAAUAGUGAGAUGAAAUAUAAAACAUUUAAAGAAGAGUACGAAGAACAAAUAUUAAGUAAACCAGAAUCGAUAAAAUAUUUUUUUGAAGUAAUAACAGAAAUAUUAAUAGUAAUAAGAUUAGGUUUAAUAUAUAGAUAUACGAAUUUUUUAAUACCUUUUAAGAAUUUUCUUAUUUCAAAAACUUUAGAAAAUGUCGAAAUGGUAUGUGUUACAUUUUUAUCUAUACAUAAAUUUGGUAGAGAAAAAUAUCCUGAUAUAUAUGGUUUUUUUUUGAUAAUCCUAAUUUUGUAUAUAUUAAAAUAUGUGUUUAAAAAAAUGAUGUAUAAAUUAUAUUAUAAUAAAUAUGGUAUGGGUAAGAAAUAUUCUUUGAAAAAUCAAGAAAGUGAAAAUAUGUACAUGCAGAAUUUAUUAAAAAGGAUUUUGUAUAAUGUAGAAAAAAAGAAGGUCUUAUCUAACUAUGAAAGUAUAUUACAAGAUAUAUUAGAAAACACAGAUAACUUAUUAGUAAAUAGUAAUAUAAUAAAUAAAGAAAAUAAAAAUAUUUAUACAGAUAUGAUAUCGAAUAUUAAUAAUAUAGGAGUCUUUACAUAUAUAUCUACACAAGCAUUAAAAAAAAUUAAUCAUAAAUCGGAUUUAAUAAUUAAUGAAUUAACAACCAAUGGUUUUAUUGAUGAAGAUACAAGUAACAAAAUGGAUAAACUCAAAAACUUCGCUUCCAUAAAUGAAUAUCCUUAUGUAGAUAUUAAAAAGUUUAAAGAUAAUCUCGUCAACGAAUAUGAUGAGCACUUUAUAUUAAACGAUAAAAUGAGAUACAGUGGAUUUCAUAGUAUGGAAAAUGACAAGAGUCCUCCGAAUGAUAAGUAUAACAUGGAUAGUUAUAAUAUGGAUAGUUAUAAUAUGGAAAACAUGAACAUGGAAAACAUGAACAUGGAUAAUAUGAACAUGGAAAACAUGAACAUGGAUAAUAGCAACAUGGAUAAUAGCAACAUGGAUAAUAUGAACAUGGAUAAUAGCAACAUGGAUAAUAGCCACGUGGAUAUGAAUAACAUGAAUAAUAAUAACAUGAAUAAUAAUAACAUGGGUGUACAUAUAAAUAUGAAUAACAAUUAUUUAUCUAAUAAAUAUAAACACAAUUCUGCAUAUGAUGAAAAUAACGUGCAGGACUUUUUACAGAAAUCAAAAAAGCAAGAUUAUGGACAUGUAACGAAUACACUGAAAGAUGGGAAGCAAAUGAUUUAUAAUAACAUGGAUCCGAAUAAUAAAAAAGAUGAUAAUUAUUUUAAGAAAAUGAUGAGAGAUUCAGACUUAUCAAAUUAUAACGGAAGGAAAAGUAUGUAUUUAAAUGAAUCAUUAGAAGAUGACAUGAAAAAUAAUGAUUAUGAUAAUAAGAUUAAUAAUAAAAAUUUUGAUUAUGCAAAUAAUAAUAGCACAUAUAUUGUAGAAGGUAAAGAAAUUCAACAAGGUGAAAAAAAUAAAACAAAUGAUAUGGAUGAAAAAAAAAAAGAUGAAUCCUUUAUUCAUUAUGACAAUAAAAAAAUAAUAAAUAAUUUAAACCCCUUCUCCCCUUUGAAUGAUUAUAAUAAUAUUUCUAAUAAUAAAAAGAAUACCAUAAACGAAGAACAAAAUAAUAAUGUAAAUGAAUCUGAUGUUAUAACAUACAUAGCAAAUUCUUAUAUAAAUAAACCACCUAGUAAUAUAAAUAGAUUUAGUCAAACUUCUAUUUAUAAUACACAUAAUAAGGUAACCAACCCCUUAUUAAAUACACAAAGAAAUGUACCAAAAGAAGUAACACAACGUAAAAACACGGAAGCAUCUGUAAAUAAUAAUGUCGAAGAAAAUUAUCUGAGAAACAAGGUUACGAACCAUGAUACGGAACAAAGCGUGGAGAACAAAUUGGAUGAAGACAAGUUAAAGAUGAGUACUCACAUGGUAAAUAAUAUAUUUGAAGGUACAAAGGAAUAUAUAAAAACAAAUGAAGAUAUGAAUAAUAUAAGUAAAGCAGGUGAUCCCUUUUUGCAUAAUCAAGAAGGGUCUUUUUCUUAUGCGCCACCCCCUUAUCAAGGUGUAGAGAACUCCAGUAAUAAAAACCAAAAGUAUCUGACCCAACGAAAGGAACGACAACAAAUUGUUGCUACUAAAUCUCCAUUUAAUUAA